AGUUACUAGCUAGAAUAAGCAGUGACGUUGUAUGUGAUCCCGAUGGGCCAAUCGGCAGAUGUCCAGCUUGAGUUACUUCCGUAAGUUACAAUGCCCCUGUCAUUGACACCUCCGCAAACUCUAAACGUCCAAGUCGACUUCAAGUCGAAGAACUGAAGACCAUUGACAGCACCAGAGACCUUCCUCUAGACAUUAGCCCAUGUGGACACACAGAAUUCCGUCGGGUAUUCAUGUUCGCACCCCGAGACUCCGCAAGGACACGACUCCGCAUUCUUACCAUUACACCUUACGUGGGGUACGGCGAGUCUACAUUAGCUGGUUCGUUUUGCCACCAUGAUGGACCUAUUCAGCGAUCAAGAAGAUGAAGAGGAAGGUGUCCCUGUCCACCUCACAGACUACGAACUACGCAUCCUCCCGGAUUUCGAGAAAGAGCUUCGAAGGCGUGGCAGCGCGGAGGACAAAAUUCAGUGGAUAGCAGAGCAUGGUGCCAAGGUGAGAAACCUUUACUCUCAUCACCUUCUGUUCUCCUCCCUCUUUUCUCGGUACACACUAGGGAGAUGCCACAUCUGAAUUCCGCUCAUAUGAUCUCCUCUCCGCGUCUCUCAUCAUGUUCUCUCCCUGAAAGCCCUGCGAAUCGUGUAUCUUCCGUGAACAAGAAUGCAAGCCCGUUCUUGAAAGCGUCGUUUGCCAAGGGUGUGCAGAAACACACACGGGCUGCAGCUGGUACGCGGAUUACAAGUGCGCCCAUGUCA